AUGCCGAUCGUGAAUCGGCUCAAAAAGUUUAUCCUUGGUUCGAAUUUUAAUAGUGAUGGCCAAAAGUCAGGUUUUGGUACUGGGAAUAAGGUUAUUCCUGAUAUUGUCCGGAUUGAAACGGACGUUUGCGAUUACUGGAUAUUGGAUGAAGUGAUCGGUGAUGGUGCAUUUGGAAAUGUUUACAAGGCACGAUCAAAGUUGAAGCCAGGAACAGUAGCCGCUGCAAAGGCUAUGGAAUUAGAGGAUGACGAAAGCCAGGAUGUGAUGGUUGAAGUUUCAAUCCUCACUCAGUGUAAACAUCCAAAUAUUGUCGAACUUUAUGAUGCGUUCACUAUGGGUAAUCGCAUUACGCUUUUGUUGGAAUAUUGUGGUGGUGGUGCAGUGGACAGUAUAAUGAUGGAGCUCUCACGACAUCUUAGUGAACAACAAAUUCAUUACAUCAUGAAAGAGAUCCUAAAGGCGUUGAAUUUUCUGCAUGGCAAAAAUGUAAUCCAUCGAGAUCUAAAAGCUGGCAAUGUAUUGUUGACAAGUGAUGCGAGAGUAAAAUUAGCCGAUUUCGGUGUAUCAGCACUAUGCAAAGAUGGUCGAGAAGUACGAUCGACAUUCAUUGGAACACCAUAUUGGAUGGCUCCGGAAGUGAUGAUAUGCGAAACAUUUCCGGAAAAGCAUUACAAUAAGUUGGCAGAUAUUUGGAGUUUCGGGAUAACUCUCAUUGAAAUGGCAGAAGAAAAACCACCUUAUGCAGAAAUGAACCCUGCGAAAGUUAUUUUUAAGGUCAUAAAAGCAGAUCCUCCUUCGCUGGAGCGACCCAAUCUAUGGUCUUCUGAUUUUCGAGCCGUGGUUACAAAGUGUUUAACAAAAGAUCCGGAAAAUAGACCAAGUGCUUCCGAUGUAUUAAUGCACCCAUUUUUUGCGCAGUCAGGAUCAAUUCAGUGUAUAAGGUCAUUGAUUAGCGAAGUAAAUGCUGAACAAAUAACAACUGAAGUAGUGGUUGGCAGUGAUGAUGAAGUAUUGUAUGAUGAUGAUGAUGAUGAUACAGCUACAGUGAGUAGUAUGACGACGGUUAGUGAAGCUCAACCAUACGAUUCGAGCAGUGUGAGCAGUAAGCAAAAACGUCACUCAGUUCUUUCCGCCACCGAACAGAAGAUACCACCUCAAGUAACAACAUUCACCUCAAAACCAACAUUAGUGAAUGCUGGAUCAACGACUAUUGUCGAGUUGGAACCAACAACACAAAUAAGUCCGGUAUGCAUCGAAACUAAUGAUGUGGCAAAUGCUAACUUAUUAUCAUCUUUAUUACCAGGAAAGAAACAGCGUGCACCAAGUUUACCAGAGGGUGGAGGUAAUUUGGAGGAGAAAAACAUGGUAGCAAUAGUAGAAAUAAAUGCUGAUGACCAAGAUAAACCAAGGUUUCUCGAAAGACCGAGUAGUGCGGGUAGUUGCAAAAGCUCUGGACAUGGACAUCAUCAUGCAGCUGUUAUAGCCCUCAGUGACCUCGAUAAAGCAUUGAAUUUGGAAGAAGAGCUUUUUUGUGAAAAUAGGGAAGACGAUGACUUAUCUCCAGUACCAACUUUAUCACCGACUUCUGAUUUUCUGCCAUCCGAGUGUUUUGAUCAGGCUGUGCCGAUAUUAUCAGUCUCAAAACCUGGUUUUUCUGUCAGCAGUAAAAUGGAAAAUACUGCAGACCCGAGUUUGAUUGUUCUUUCCAGAGACGAAAUGAACGAUGAAGGCAUUGAAUUCAAACUGGAUGGCCGAAAGCCAGCUCAUCAAAUUUGUGAUAUUGUUUCUGAAGAGCAGCUUAACGUUCAGUUAGUAGGGCGACCUACUACGGUUCAAAUUACCGAUACAGGAGCUGUUUUAACGACAUCAAAUGCUUCACUUAGUAAGAAAUCAGUUGAAACUAAUGCUCAAGUUAAAUUGGAGCGGCCAAACGCUGUACAGGAAGCUAAUUUUGUGCAUACAUUAAAACUUGAGGACAGCCAACAGUUAGAAGUAAAGGCUUUUAAAAAGAACGAAAUCACUCUUCCAGAAUUGGUUCCAGCCGAAAAAUUCCGCUCGUCUGAACAGCAGGAUGAUUAUGUUAAACAGCAGUCAAAUGUUUCAAAGAUGGAGAAGAAAAAGGAUGCAAUAUCAUACAAAUCUUUUGAUUCUCUUUUAAAGAUUGGUAAUAAAUCUUCGAAUUCUACCGCCACACAACGAUGUUUGUCACAGCCACAGGUUAUUUCGUCCAGCAAAGUGACACUUGAAGGGGCACGUUCUCGUCACUUAAUACAAGUUGGUACAACUUCUACUGCGAUAGGCGCUAAUCAGCCGGUAGGCAAAUUACCUCUGGGUGUUUCUCUGUCAACAGAUCAGUUAAAUACAUCUGCAACACGAACCAUCUAUACCCACAUUCCUGAUUCCGUGUUGAAGAAUGAGGCCGAAAGAUUAGUAGAAACUGAUAAUUUGUAUGAUCGAAGUUAUUAUUGUUAUGGAAAAUCAACAUCCGAAAAGAGUUCUCCUCUUCUGGAGAAUAAGCAACUACUGAAACACCAGCAUUCUGUGCGACCAGAUUCUCUUCCUAAGGCUGAGAUCAAGAUUCAGACUGGAAUGACGCAACCUUCUAUUCCGUCUGAUAAGACUGCUGCCUCAUUUACGGGUGAAAAAGGAAUGGAGAAAACGAUUAUUGAGAUCCGUCGACCAUUAUCUUAUCCGGAAAGCAAUAAUAAACAAGUGAGGGCUCGGAAACCUGUUACUGUAUCUUCUUCUCGUGCUGGUUCAUCACCGCCUUGGCCAACACAAUUACUUUCACGACAUAAUGCUGUUGUUGCAACAAAAGCUGUUGACCAUGCUCAGUGGCAGGGACAAAACUGGAAUUUAAUUAGGGAUCAGAAUCAAAACCGUAAACGAUUAAUUGGGGAGCGGAGUCAAGGACAAAAUAAUAUGAUUGUGAAGAACAUAAUUGGACAGAAAACAGAUAAUACAGGAGAUCAAAAUGGCGCUGUUCCAGGUCUUCACCAACUUACGCCUACAACAAGUAACAAAAGGAACGAAAUGCAUCUGGAGCACGAAUAUGAUUAUUUUGGAACAGCAUCAUCAAGUUCAUCAAAUUCUAGUAAACAUUUUCAACGGCAUAAUUAUGAGAAUAAAUCCGGGGAGCAUGAUACUUCCAGUUUCUUGACAACCAAAGCUGCCAAUGGUGGUGUAGCAUCGGCUGGUACAGCGGUUCUGUCUGAACAGGUAAAACCGAUACCACGGGCUGCAUUAGCUAUUCCACCUCCGGAACCGCCGGUGGAUUAUUAUGAAAAUAAUAUAAGUAGCAGCUAUGAUGUCAAGAAGUCAAAUUCACAACAAAAAGUGUCAGCUGUCAAAAAUUCAAUAGGGAAUGGCACCAAAGUUCUAAACAGUGGUGGGUCAAUGGUUGGAUCACGACGAUCACCGCAUCGUCAAACUGUAACUAAGAAAACUCGAAUAUACGUUGUCGAUGGUGUUCAGAUGACAUCAACAUCGCAUCAAGUAUUUGGUGUAAAGCAGGACUAUGAAUUGAGGAAACAACAGCUUCAUGAGUUGCGUCGUCUGCAACGUGAGGAAGCACGUCAACAACGUGAAUUGAAUGCAAAGGCCGAGGCAUUGCGAAACGAACAAAUAAAGCGUUUUGCUGCCGACAAAGAAAAUAUCUACAAGAAAACGGACAUUGAGUUACAAAUUUUGGCUAGAACGCAGAAGAGGCAGUUAAAAGAAUGUGAAGAAAUACAUAAUGAAGAUAUGAAACAAUCAUUGAAGAGAAUGCAGAGUGAUCAGGAACGUGAAUUGCGCAUGUUUCGUGAGCAAUUAAAACAAGAACAACGUGAUCUGAAAAUGGAAAUGGACACAAUCCCAAAAAGCCAACGUAAAGAUUGCUAUCGUGUGCGCAAGGAACAUCUAGAUAGCGAUCAACAAAACAGAGAGAUGAAUUUUAUUGCCGAACAGCAAUCCGAACAAGCAGCACGCAUGGCUCGUGUCCAGCUGGAUCAUAAAAUGAAGAUUUUGCAAAUUGAAAAGAAUUUCCUACAACAAAAGCAUGCCGUUUUAAGAUCACGUGAAGCUUCGGAGUGGGAUCUGGAAGAGAAGCAGCUGGCUGAACGACAUCAUCUCAACAAGCAAGAGUUAAAAGACCGGUUUUAUCUACAAAGAACUCAAAUGCUUGCUCGACAUCAAAGAGAGUUGGAUCAUAUGCGUCGUGUAAAUGAAAUGGAUGAAGAGGAGCAAGUACGCUUGUAUGCCAGUUUCAAAAAACGUUUACCUAAAGAUUUCCGUACCGAAUCCAAAACACGAAUUGCUAUGUUCAAAGAGAGUCUGCGUAUUUCUUGUCAGAAGGAUGAUCCUACAACGCUAAAUGAAAAGAUACGGGCGUUUGAAGAGAAAGAAAAGCAACGUAUACGAAUUGCAUUGGAAGAGCACGACACUAAAUAUGCUCGGAAACUGAGAGAACUGAAGGAGAAAAAUGCAACAGCUAUACGAGAACUAGAAGAGAUUCAUAGUGAGAAACGUAAAAUGUUGUUGGAAGCAGAGGAAAAUAAAAUGGAAAUGUACGAGAAAGAAUAUGAACAAGUGAUAGCUGACUGGAAAGCUGGCUUACCUAUUAGAAAACAGGCACUGGAAGCAGAAUUUGCUCGUGAGCUUGAUGAAGUAGAAGCAUUCUACAGGAAGGAAAGUGCACAGUUACAGCAAUCAUCCGCAGCAAUUUCUCCAACUGGUUCCGUAUCAAGCAGACAAGAAAUAAUUGUUGGACCGCCAACAACCGCGGUAAUUGGCAAUUCGGUCCCCUGA